UCUGUCGUUCUCCUCUCACAACCAAAUCCCCAAUUUCGCUGCACCUUAUUAAAUUUCCAAAAAUACUCGAGCGAUCGUUCAACUAAAAAUGGCACCAAAGGCAGAGAAGAAGCCAGCAGAGAAAAAACCCGCUGCUGAGAAGACUCCGGCGGAGAAGAAACCGAAGGCUGGGAAGAAACUCCCCAAGGAUGGCGCGGCUGCCGGAGACAAGAAGAAGAAGCGUUCGAAGAAGGGCAUUGAGACAUACAAGAUCUACAUCUUCAAGGUGCUGAAGCAGGUUCAUCCUGACAUCGGUAUUUCGAGCAAGGCCAUGGGCAUCAUGAACAGUUUCAUCAAUGAUAUCUUUGAGAAAUUGGCACAAGAGGCUUCCAGGCUUGCCAGGUACAACAAGAAACCUACGAUUACAUCUCGGGAAAUCCAGACUGCUGUGAGAUUGGUGCUUCCUGGGGAGUUGGCUAAGCAUGCUGUUUCUGAGGGUACCAAGGCCGUUACCAAGUUUACCAGCUCUUGAAAAGCUGAUUUGUUAGGGUUUCUGAUAUUAGGAUUUAACAUUUCCGUUCUUGAGUGAUGUGUAUGUUUAAAACUAGGUUUUUUUGUGUGGGUGUAGAAUAUUUUGUUAGUUGUGGAAUGGACGUAGUGUAACUGAUGUUAGAUUGACUCAUGAAUGGUAUUUCUGUUCUUUCCGAUAUCUGAUACUGUGUCUCUGUAGACCGGCGUUGUCUGGAUAUUCUUUUUAAUGCUCUAGUAAGCUUCAUUUGCGA